AUGGCCUGCUCUCUUGCCAUAUCACGGUUUUGUGGGCGUUCUUUUAUUCCAUAUUCUAGCAACCAGCAAGUAAAUCCAAUAUCAUAUGCCACUAAUUACAAGAUAAGGCAUCCCCCCUUUGUUUCAAGAAAUUUCUUAGGAAAUCCUUUGUUAGCUGCUUCUGUAUACAGCUGGCGAGGACUUGAUUUCUCAAACCAUGGACUGGCCCAUUCAGAAAGAUUUCGGAUGUAUGCAGCACUUGAUGUUGCCACUGCUGUUGAUGUUAUUAAUGAUUUGGGAUUUGAUACUUUGACGUUCUUAGCUGUUACAGUCAUUAUCGUUCCUGCGUUCAAGAUCAUCAAAGCUAGCCCUAUACUUGGUUUCUUCUUCGCCGGUAUUGUACUCAAUCAGUUUGGCUUGAUUCGAAAUCUUACAGAUGUGAAAAUUUUGUCUGAAUGGGGGAUUCUUUUCUUGCUAUUUGAGAUGGGCUUGGAGCUUUCGUUUUCACGUCUAAAGGCUCUUGCAAAAUUUGCCUUUGGCAUGGGAUUAACUCAGGUCGUAUUGUCUACUCUUGCUUUCACAGCCUUUGAACUCCCUCCUAAUGGGGCUAUUGGAACCAGAAUUUUGACGUUCCUCUUUAACUCAAGGCCUGAUUUGGUCAACAUCAGAAGCAUUGAUGAAGCCGUAGUGAUUGGUGCUGCUCUCUCUCUGUCUUCUUCAGCUUUUGUACUUCAGCUACUUGCAGAGAAAGGUGAACUCCCUACAAGAUUUGGCUCAGCAACUCUAGGGAUACUUCUUUUACAGGACAUAGCAGUCGUACCUCUCUUAGUCAUACUUCCAGUGCUGGAAAGCCAGAACCUAGCAGAGGGCAGUAUAUGGCCAAUGCUUCUGAAGGAAAGUCUAAAAGCCUUAGGUGGACUGGGUAUUCUUUCUCUUGGAGGAAAAUUCCUUCUUAGACGAGUGUUUGAGUUUGUGGCAGAAGCAAGGAGCUCUGAGGCUUUUGUUGCGCUUUGCUUGUUGACAGUUGCAGGGACUUCACUUCUCACCCAGCAGUUGGCUUGGAGCAUUUUUGGCUGGAGCACUAUUAGCAGAAACAAAUUCCGGACACAGAUUGAAGCUGAUAUAAGGCCAUUUCGAGGAUUACUUCUUGGGUUAUUUUUCGUAACUACAGGGACGUCCAUUGACAUGCCGCUUCUUUUCCGAGAGUGGCCGAAUGUGCUUUCACUCUUGGCAGGCUUGAUUGUCAUCAAGACACUGAUCAUAACAGCAAUAGGCCCUCGUGUUGGACUCACUAUAAAAGAAAGUAUAAGAAUAGGAUUGCUUCUAUCUCAAGGAGGCGAGUUUGGAUUUGUAGUUUUUUCUCUCGCAAACAGGCUUGGUGUGCUACCACUUGAGCUUAACAAGUUGCUUAUAAUAGUUGUUGUCUUGUCAAUGGCAUUGACCCCAUUGCUUAACGAAACUGGAAGAAGAGCUGCUGAAUUUAUUGGUGACAAUUUAGAUGCCGAGGAUAAACCUGCUGAGGUGGUCAACUUUGAUUCUAGUGAACCUGUUGUUAUUCUUGGAUUUGGACAAAUGGGCCAGGUCCUUGCCAAUUUCUUGUCUACUCCAUUGGCUUCUGGGAUAGAUGGCGAUAAUCUGGGAUGGCCAUUUAUAGCUUUUGAUCUUGAUCCUUCUGUGGUGAAGGCGUCUAAAAAACUUGGUUUUCCAAUUCUUUAUGGGGAUGGAUCCCGUCCAGCAGUUUUGCAAUCUGCUGGUAUCUCUUGCCCAAAAGCUGUCAUGGUCAUGUACACUGCCAGGAAUAAAACAACUGAUGCUGUUCAAAGUCUUCGACUUGCUUUCCCUGCAGUCCCAAUUUAUGCCAGAGCUCUGGAUCUCAAGCACCUUUUAGAUCUGAAGAAAGCAGGUGCAACAGAUGCUAUUCUGGAAAGUGCAGAGACAAGUUUGCAGCUGGGCUCUAAGCUUUUGAAAGGGCUUGGAGUUAUGUCUGAUGAUGUGAACUUUCUCCGUCAGCUCUUUCGUGAUUCCAUGGAGCUGCAAGCUCAAGAAGGAGUGAGCAAAACUGAUGAUAGAGAAUUUAAUAGUCUGAAGCCUAUGCAGGUGAGAGUUGCCGACUUGAUUGAUGAUGCGGUACCCGUUCCAUCCACGUCCUUAGAAGGUGAAUCAUGGGGGGCAACCAGGGAAGAUAGUUCUUAUAUCUUGACAAUUGAGGGGAAUGUGGACAAAGCAAAUCCCGAAAACAGUGAGCUCCAACAGUCUGAGCAUACAGAAGAGGAAGGAGUUUCACAUAGUGGCUUAGAAACGGAGAACAGUUUUGCAAUUAAAUCACAAGAUGUUGACGGAUCAAACUCUUGUGUAACAACUAAAGAUGAAGUGUAG